UGCUUGAUUUCAGUUUGUUCUGUCCAGUCGCAUUUGAAUACAGUUCGCGAUGAAAUUAACGAAUUCCGUAUUAGUUUUAAUUUUAAAUACAUAUUUUGUUACUAAUUUUAUUGGCGGUGCUCAAGCGUCGGCAUUAAUUUGCUUUGAAAUCGAUGGGAAGAUUGAAAAUUAUUCCUUUGAAUCGACAGAAGUUUCAUUCAAAAAAGCCCGUGACACUUUAAAUCUCACAUCCAGCGAUGUGUUUCUAGACGAGGGACGUGUUCUUACUUCAAACAAUGAACGCCGCAAAUUAGUCAAUACGGAAGAGUGUAAUAAAGUGAUUAACGAAAAUCAAAAGGCCACAAUCGCCAUUCAGCUUAGUGAUAAUAAGCAACAAAAAACAAUUACUCUACAAAACGAUGCCAAAUUGGAUGCAGUGCGCGUUGAAGUAAUGAAAUCGUUGCCUGAACAUUAUAAAAAUGCAAAAUGUGCAGAUUUGUAUUUUGUUAAUAAAAAAGGUUUCGAAGUGCUGAGAGCCGAUGAGGCAGAAACACAAUUCCAGAAUAUAUUAUCAGCCGAUUCUACGAUUACGUUAAAAAAUAGAUUCAUUCAAAAUCGAACAGAAGUGGCAGUCAAAUGGCUUUUAGAGACAUGGCAGAUUCAAGUUAAUUUGCGUUCAUCACUUGGCGAUUUGCGUUAUUGGAUCACUAAACCGCUGAACUGUCCGAAUCUUAAGGAACCAUUGAGUCUGCCCGAUGAACCACUAUUCAACACUAAGAACAAAGCAGACAGAACCAAUUGGCUUGUCAGGGACAAACAUGCUGCCCUUGAGGAUAUUCCAAAAUACAAGAAUGUGGAUGCAUCCGCCAGCGCACUGACGGCACCAUACAACAGAGAAGAGGAACUGGCCAUUGAAUCCUACGUUUACACUACGCAAUCUACCACCAAUAGCAAGAGAAUAUACUACGUGGACGUUUUGGAAGCAGAAGAAACGUUUCUUGUUGGAACACAAACUAAUGAAUUCUCCGAUAACCAUUUGAAAGUUACAGUCAUAUCAAUGGAUACGGAUGAUAAAAAGAUUUUACUUUUGAAAAAUGGGCGCUCCACGAAUCAGCGGUCUUUAGUCUGGGAAAACAUUGUAAUUGCAAGUAAUAAUACACGGGCAGAAAUACAAGUGGAAUUUAUUAAUCAUCAGGAUGAUUAUUUAUACCUUUGCGAAUUAUUUGAACAUCGUGCCAAUUAUGAGACUCACUCCUUAAAUAGAUUUGUGACAAAAAGUAAAAUAUGCAGUUUUGAUUCUGUUGGAAGCUUGAAAAGCGCUAGUGCUUUGAUCUUCAACAAGGAAACCGUUAUAGUUAACGGUGAAGAUAUUUCAAAAUACCGUAAUGAAAUUAGUCAGCAGCAACAGCAACAACAAGGACCUUGGCCAACGGCAAUGUGGUGCUAGGUGCUGGCUCUAUUAACGUGGUGCAAAAUGA